AUGCCUCCUAAAAAUACAAAACCUGUUCCUCAACAUAUUCUUGAUGCUAAUCCUGCUUCUAAAAAUGAAAUAUCACAAGUAUCUCAACCAAGUUCUUUUACUGAAUCACAAACUCAUUCAA